AUGACGACGCUGGAAGCCGCCACGUGGCGCAAGGUCACGGUAAAAGGGUCGGUGGAGCCGUCGCGGUGCAAUUUCAGCGCGUGCGCCGUGGGCAGCAAGGUGGUUCUGUUCGGCGGGGAGGGCGCAAACAUGCAGCCCCUUAACGACACCUUCGUUCUCGAUCUCGCGUCCGACAUGCCCGAGUGGCGGCACGUCCCCGUCGCGGGUUCCGCGCCCCCCGGGCGCUGGGGGCACACGCUGUCGUGCGUCAACGGGUCGGGGCUGGUGGUGUUCGGCGGGUGCGGGCGCGAGGGAUUGCUGAACGACGCGUUUCUGUUGGACCUGGACGACAAGCAGCCCAAGUGGCGGGAGGUCGUGGUGGGGGAGGAUGCCGGGAGUAGCAGUGGUGCUGGCGCUGGGGACGGGGGGACUGGUGGGGAGGGCAGGGGUAGCGCGAGGGGGAAUGCUGUCCUGGGGGAUGGGUUGGUGUUGAGAAGCGGUGGAGACGCGCGGGCAGCUGCGGAAGCAGCAGAGGAUGGAGAGGGAGUUGGGUCCAAGCUUGUCGUGUCCGGCGGCUGUACCGCGUCCGGUCGCCUGCUCUCCGACACCUUCCUUCUCGAUCUCGCGCACAACCCGCCGUCGUGGAAGGAGAUCCGCGUGGCGUGGGCGCCGCCCGCGCGCCUGGGGCACACGCUCUCCGCGCUGGGCGGGCGCAAGGUGCUCAUGUUCGGGGGGCUGGCGACGAGCGGCGCGCUGCGCCUGCGGUCGAACGACGCGUUCACCAUCGAUCUUGCCGACGAGCACCCCAACUGGCAGACCGUCUCCCCCGACGCGCCUCUCCCGGGGGGAGGUGGCGGGGCGAACGGCAGUGGGGCAGGGGGCGGGGGGGGCACCGGCGGAACGCCAGGGGGAGCGUCGCCCCCGCCCAGGCUGGACCACGUUGCGUUUGCGCUGCCCGGGGGGCGCGUAUUAGUGUUCGGGGGAUCAAUUGCGGGGGUGAGUCCUACCCUGUCCCAGGUAUACCUGCUCGACCCGGGGGAAGAGAAGCCGCGGUGGCGGGAGCUGGCGUUUCCGGGGCAGCAGCCGCGGAUAGCGUGGGGGCACAGCACGUGCGUGGUGGGGGGAACGAAGGCCGUGGUGCUGGGCGGGCAGACGGGCAAGGAGUGGGUGCUCAACGAACUGCACGAGCUCUCGCUGCUCAGCGCCGCUGCCAUGACGCCCCCUGCUCGUGUUCUGCGGGACGAGGAUGGCGGGGAGGCUGGGGGGGGUGCGAGGCAGGAGGGGAAUGCGGAAGAUGGUGGUGGUGGGGAGAUGCGGAGGCUGGAGGGGAGCGGCGAGGAGGGGAGGGCAGGGGAAGGGGCGCGUGUGGAGGAAGGGGCAGGGGAGGAGGGUGUGGUGGUGGCACAGGGUCAUGUGGCAUCGGCGUCUAACCCAGGAUAG